UUCUGACUUUAUAAGCCAAAGCACAAAGGAGAAAUCCUCAGAAUUCCAUCCAUCUCAGCGAGAAGUCUUUCACCGCGACAGAGGCGACGUCUUCCCCGGACACGCUUCCCUGCACAUGAACACAUGCGAAGUGAAACAUAUAGCUGGAUUCAGGUGAGUGUCUAUACUGAGAAGACAUGAAGUUCCUCCUAGUUUCGCUUUUGCUCAUCCCGGUCAUAACUUCUUCAGAUGACCACAAACCUGAAGAGUCCCAUGAAGGUGCCGAAGGAGUAAAAGGAAAUACUGAAUUUGCCUUCGAUUUCUUCAAGCAUCUGACCUCCAUGUCCUCUCGGUGCAAGGAUUCUCCACCCAAAAAUAUUGUCUUGUCACCUUUCAGUAUUUCUUCUGCUCUUUCCAUGCUGUUGUUGGGCGCCCAAUCAAAGACCCACCAGGAAAUCUUGGAAGGUUUGAGCCUGAACAACACAAACCUCCCAGAAAGUGAGAUCCACCGGGCUUAUUCCACUCUUCUCCAUCUGCUGAAUGAACCAAAAAGCAGCCUUCAGGUUGACAUCGGCAAUGCCCUCUUUGUAGAGCAGACACUGACCUUGCUCAAGAGCUUUGAAGAUGAUUUGAAGAAUUUUUAUCAUGCUGAAAUUAGGAAGACCAAUUUCAAUGACCCACAAGAGGCUAAAAAAGAAGUGAAUGAAUAUGUGAAGGAUAAAACUGAAGGCAAAAUUGAGGAACUCAUCGAAGAAUUCUCUGCAGAUACUAGGUUGGCCCUGAUCAACUAUGUUCUGUUUAAGGGAGAAUGGCAGUAUACUUUUCGUAUAUCAUUUACAAGCAAGUUCAAGGUUGAUAAGAACACAACGGUGGAUGUUCAAAUGAUGCUUCGAACAGGUCGGUACAACAUUUUCCGUGACACGGAGCUUCCUUGUACAGUGGUGGAGCUUCCAUACAAGGAUGACGCAUCCAUGAUUAUCGCCAUGGCCGAGCCGGGCAAGAUCCGUGAGGUAGAGCGAGGAAUGUCCUCUGAGGCCGUACAACGAUGGAGGACAUCAUGGAGAGAAACGCUUAUUGACCUUUAUGUACCCAAAUUUAAGAUAACUUCCAAAAUAGACCUGGUGGAUGAGUUAUCUAAAGUUGGCAUCGUGACCCCUUUCACCGAUGCUGCAGACUUCUCCGGAAUCAUUCCUGAUUUCAGGCUUAAAGUGGGAUCGGCCGUACAUCAGGCCGUCAUAAAUGUGGAUAAAGAAGGGACAGUGGCCGCCGCAGCCACCGGCGUGGGGUUAUGUGGAGCGGCACUCAAUACCCCCCUCCCCCUCCCGAUAGUCAUUGAUAAGCCAUUUGUUUUCUUCAUCAUUGAGCAAAAAACCGACAGCCUUCUUUUCAUGGGGACGGUCGCCAAUCCUACAGAGGAAUGAACCUCAAUGUUUCCAUCUCUGCCACAAUGUAACAUUCCCGUGGAUUAAAUAAAACUUGAUGAAUAAAAGCUGUACACUCUC